AUGCUAAAAAACUGUACAUUUUGCUCCAUUCCAGUGCCUGAUGACCUUUCCAUGGAAGAAAGAGAAGAGCUUUUAAAUAUUCGUCGCAGGAAAAAAGAACUGAUUGAUGAUAUUGAGAGAUUAAAAUUUGAAAUUGCUGAGGUUAUGACUGAAAUUGAUAAUCUGACUAGUGUAGAAGAAAGCAAAACUACACAAAGAAAUAAGCAAAUAGCCAUGGGAAGGAAGAAAUUCAACAUGGACCCUAAGAAGGGAAUACAGUUUCUGAUAGAAAAUGACCUCCUGCACAACACUGCAGAAGACAUUGCACAGUUCCUUUAUAAAGGAGAAGGAUUAAAUAAAACGGUAAUUGGAGAUUACCUCGGUGAAAGAGAUGAAUUUAAUAUUAAAGUUCUUCAGGCUUUUGUUGAACUCCAUGAGUUCGCUGAUCUCAAUCUUGUACAAGCCUUAAGGCAGUUUCUGUGGAGCUUCAGACUCCCAGGAGAGGCUCAAAAAAUUGACCGUAUGAUGGAAGCUUUUGCUUCACGCUAUUGCCUUUGUAACCCAGGAGUCUUCCAGUCUACAGAUACAUGUUACGUGCUUUCAUUUGCCAUCAUUAUGUUGAAUACCAGCCUGCACAACCACAACGUGCGAGAUAAACCCACAGUGGAGAGGUUUAUCUCCAUGAAUCGUGGGAUUAAUGAAGGUGGAGACCUUCCAGAGGAAUUGCUAAGGAAUUUAUAUGAAAGUAUUAAGAAUGAGCCAUUUAAAAUUCCAGAGGAUGAUGGAAAUGAUCUAACGCAUACAUUUUUUAAUCCAGAUAGAGAAGGUUGGCUGCUGAAAUUAGGGGGAAGAGUGAAAACAUGGAAACGGAGAUGGUUUAUUCUGACUGAUAAUUGCCUCUAUUACUUUGAAUACACAACAGACAAAGAACCUAGAGGAAUUAUUCCAUUAGAAAAUCUUAGCAUAAGAGAAGUCGAAGACCCUAGAAAACCAAACUGCUUUGAGCUCUACAACCCCAGUCAUAAAGGUCAAGUAAUUAAAGCAUGUAAAACUGAAGCUGAUGGUAGAGUGGUGGAAGGCAACCAUGUAGUGUACAGAAUAUCUGCUCCCACCCCAGAAGAAAAGGAAGAGUGGAUUAAAUCUAUCAAAGCAAGUAUCAGCAGGGAUCCCUUUUAUGAUAUGCUGGCAACAAGGAAAAGAAGAAUUGCAAAUAAGAAAUAGAAUAUGAUCAGCAACCUAUAACUGAGCAUACUGUGGAGUGAUAAAUUGGACAAACUAAAUGAAGACAACUGUAAAUUUUUUUAUAAAUAUAUAUAUACAUAUAUAUAUACAUUUUACUAUGGCAUAAAACCUUGGCAAAACUUUUGGGGGUGAAUAGUUACUGGUAUAUCAUUUGAAGUAAGCUUCAAAUCCCAGAGAAUUAUUAUAUUGGAACUUAUUUGAACUGAACACAUGGAAGCCUUUUUUCACUUGCAUUAGUGACAACUCCAUUUACUUGGGUUGGGAGGGAAGGAGUUCAGGGCUAACACUAAAAUGUCCUCUACCUGUUACCUGAGCACAUUUCCCAUAAAAGAAGGAGUGAUUAUAAGACUUUGAGUUCUCACUGAAGUGGAGCACAGCAUGAUCUGGCACUGCAUUUUCCUGUCAGCAGCAGCCUCACAAUCCCAAUGUCAGUUUGCAGUCGUGUGUUUCACAGUAACAGCUGAGUGCAGCUCUCAUUCAGGUUUCCUCUCCUACCUUUAUGGGAAUAGCUUUUCUUCAGAAACACAGUGACUGGCAGCUCAGUGGGUACCUUGUGGUGCCAAAGGGUUUGUCAGUGUGCACUGAAAUCCAGGCAGGGCCCAGCAGCAGAGGUUUGAGACUUGCUGUGACACGAAGUGCCAGAUGUCAUCUGGUGUUUGCCAGUUGGCUGAAACUCAUUCCUGUCUGCUCAUACACUCACAACAAACACUAACGACUGGUUUAAUCUGCUUUUUAUAUAGUAAUGUCCUUCUUAUGUUUGAGAUGCUAUAGUUUGAUUA